GACGCCCAUUUCGAUUUUUAUUUCGCCGGUUUCCCAUUUCAGUGUCGAUCUGGCGGCAUCCGGAGCAGCAAUGAUCCGCUUUGUCUUCCACUCGUGCAAUUAGCGCCAUCCCGGAUCGAAACGGUGAUCAUGCGAACCAUCGCAGCAUCCCAGCUCCCAAUUCACUUCACACCUACCACCUAAACUGUGUUUAUGCGUUGAAAUGUCCGUCUUAAACAACCCGUACGCAAAAAUGAAUUUUCCUUGAACAUCAUCCCGCUUAAGAAAGCAAACAAAUUUCGCAAUAUGUGGUCGUCGUGAACGCGCUGGUGAUGUAUGUGGUGAUAAGGGCCAUUUUCGUGUUGCUCAUCUCUAGUUCCAGACAAUAUUAACCAGAAAAUGCCCUCUUCGUGACGUCACAACCAUGACUGAUAAAGCCGUAUCCACCGAAGAUCUCUGCAUUGAUGUACCUCGAAACGCCAGUUUAGAGGCGCUUCGCCUCGAAGCCGUCAUCAAGACUCUCAUAGAAAACAAAGUAGAAACAUUAAAAAACGCCAAACGCAAAUCCUCAAGCAUCACUUCCAGCCCGAAGAGCCUCUUCAACAAACUCCGAGGCACUUCAACAUCGACAGUGUCUUCAAAAGACAAAGACGAAAUCGUAUCGAUCCACUCGCCACUACCCAAACGACACGAAGUCAGUCGAAGACGCGACGGGAAACGCACAGAUCACCGCAAACGAAGAAUACACCACCACUCGUCACCCAGACGCGCCAGGAAGUCGCACAAACCCCAUGAACGCACCCUUCAGUUCAGCGACGAAGACGGUAACGAAAAUUACGGGUUCUUGCACAGGGAAGCCAUGUUGACGUGCGCGGAGAAUUGCUGCUGUCGGCAAAACCCCAACGAAAUACAAAUCCACGUCGAUAGCGACUUCAUUUCGCUCAAUCUCGAAGAUUACAACAGUCUUGAUCCUGAGGAGGUUGCUGCCAUGAGUACGGUCAAGAGGGCUCAGAGGAAGAAGAGGCGGCGUCGGAAACACCAAAGGAGCCAGAUGAAGAUGACAGCGGUGGCAGUGCAGGUCAAUGAUUUGAAGGACUUGGAUGACGAUGAGUUGUCUCAAAGGGCUCGGAUGACCAUUGUUCUUACUGCCUUUUUGUUGCUAUUUAUGUGCCUGCUGCUGGUGGGGAUUACCCUUAGGAUGGCUCCGCUUAUAGAUGAUAUGGUUCGAAAAGAAAACGAAGAACUAAUGAACUCCAUGACCGACGAAGACUCAACCAAUCAUGACAGCCUCCACAACUUAACCGCCUCCGUCCCUAACACUCUAAAAUGACUUACUUCCAGCCCCGCCCUGUAAUCUAUAUACCCAAAAUUUCUCGGCCAAAUUUGGCAGACACUGAAAACUGAAUCAAAAGUGCAAUAAUAAAAACUGAAAUAUCAAAAGAAAAAGACUGAAAUCCCACCAAUUAAAAUAAAUACGACUGUCAGGCUCAAAUUUGGUCCUCUAUACAGCUACUACCCUAUUGUAUAAGAGAUUGUUGAUUCGUGUUAUAAAUGGAUGCUCGGCACAACGGCUGUUGACAGUCGGAUCAGCAUCACCGAUAUUGUCGCUCAGUAUCGUCAAUUAGCUGAAAAAUGUGUUAAUAUUUUUAUUUUGACAAUUGGGAAGUCGGAUACGUGUGUUUAAAGUAUUCAGAAACAAACGUUUUUAUAAAGGAGAUGUUACGAUGUCAAAUUGUGAAUGUUAGGUUUAUUUAGUAAGUCAUGGCAGGGUAUAUACGAAGACUAACCUUAAAGUAAUAAACACUGCAAUAGCGAUUAAAAAUAAAAUUUGUUUAGAUUAAAUGAAAUAGUUUACACACACCGUUCGAGGGAUCCUACACCAUCAAGUUAGAGAUUAGUUCUAGUUUUAAUAUGUUAAAAGGAAAAUUAAAUGACAAUCACAUAAAUCCUAGGAGCUGUUACGUCAUUGGCUAUCACUUGACAAAACUCAAAUUCGUGAUAUUCGUUGCUAAUCCAAACUUUCGCCGAAAAUAAACGACGCUCCAGGGGCGACUCGUGUGAGAAACGACGCAGCGCCAUAUAUCCGUCUCUCUCUGUCAACGGUGCUGCGUGUUGAAUAAGCUGUCAAUAUCACGACCUUGAAAACAAUUAUCACGAAUGACGUAACAAUAAACACGAAACUAAAAACACUUUUUAAAAUAAGAACUUUUUAAAAAACGAAUAAUUUUGUAUUUAGAUUUUUAUUCAUGUUAAAUGUGAUACCUAAACCCUCCAUAUCGCACAAUGUCACAUGUUUAUGGGUUUUAGAGUUGUUGACGUAAUAACAAUUAUCAACGUUGUUUGUAAGUAGACAAUCAAAAAUGACGUAAUAAAUCGUUAAAAUCAGAUAUAUUUGUAUUGUUGUUCGGGAAGUGUUGUGUCAAUAUAAUAACAAUAACCAAAGGACUACCUAACAGUGAUUUGUAAUAGGAUUUGUUAAUAAUUUUUAAUGUACGUUCAAUGUAAUUUAUUAGAAAUAAAUUGUUCAAAAUGUUA